AUGUUUCACGUCCAAGGCGCUUUUGAACAGUCAUUACGCUGCGGCGAUGACGUUUCGCCCAGCGGGAACAAAACGCUGGCCACGUUGGCCAAAAUUCACAAGCACUGUACCGGAAAGGCGCACGCGCACGGCUGCCUCGUCCACAAGCACAAUCCCCUCGCCAAAUCCGACUCCAAUACGAGUAUACAAUCGAGAAAGUCGUUUCGCAACGAUUGCAUAAUCGAAAUUAAGGAAUCAAAGCUCGAUAACAGUCUCCCAAAGGGCAAUGGAUCUUUCACCAAGAGUUUCAGUAACAGCACUAGCUCGUACGAAGGGCACAGUGAUACAGAUUCAGAAAGCACGCCGAGAAUUCGGCCUGAUCCGAAGACGGCCGCGCCAGGUGAAAGAUUAUACUCGCAGAACACCAAAUCGUCUUUGUUGAAAACGGCGCGCAUGAGAUACGCUGACGACGGUGUGAUUGCAUCGCUUCAUGACGAAGUCGACGGUGAGAAGUGGAAGCAUAACUUCACCAGAACACCCUCCAGAUCUAGUUGUAGAGAGAGGAAGUCGGGCGUUGUAACAAUUGAAGAAGUGAAAUCGGAGAGUUUUAAUGACGACGAACUGAAUAGCGACGAAAGAAAGAAAGCGCAGCAGCAGAACAAAACGCAACUACACAGGAAAGUUUCCACUGGGAACGCACCAACGAAUGGGAGCAAACCAAGCAACGGCACGAAACCUCCAUGGAGGGGUGGCAGUAAGAACGGGAGGACAACGGAGCCUUUCGUGCGAUCCCCGUCGCUUCGGGGCAGCAUUAAGAAGAAGAAAAGUGACGGAGUUCCAUGGCGGAGGCUGUACGAGUUCUCCCUGUGGCGAAGGUGUGGCGUGAGCUUCGCUUCAGUGGGGGCGGAGACAGAGCGUGCGCUCCUGCGCCCGUGGAGCGAGAUGUCCGCUCAAGAAUCUCCUCCACCUAUCACGGCGAAAUCCGAGGAGCAGUUGGCAUGCGAGAAGGAGUGGCUGCAGGCGGGCCACAUGUGGCUCGCGCACCGCGGCGGUUUCACGGCCGUCGUGAGGGAUGGGGAUGCGGACGGCGGGAGGGCGAAGGUUCGAGUCCUGCAGACAGGCGAGACGCUGGUGGUCGACGAGGACGACUUGGAGAAGGCCAACCCACCGCAGCUCGAACGCUGCGAGGACAUAGCUUCCUUGCGCUGCCUGAACGAAUGUGGCGCCCUGAAUGUCUUGAGGUCGCGUUACGCCGCAGGGCUGCCCCACGCCCGCGCCGGCCACGCCCUCCUGGUGCUGGGCCCGCCAAGACGAGCGACCCCCAUAUACACGGAGAAGGUGGCGGCCAUGUUUCGCGGCUGCCGCGCCGACGAUAUGCCGCCUCACGUGUUCGCCGCCGCCCAAUCGGCGCAUCGGUGCAUGCUGGCAUCACGGCGCGACCGCGCCAUCGUCUUCCUCGGCAGAUCUGGAUCCGGUAAAACGUCAGCUAUGCGCCACUGCGUGUGGUACCUAGCAAGCGCUUACCCAGCCCAGGGCUCCAAACUGACCCCGGAGCGUUUGAAUGCGGCGUUCGACGUGCUUCACGCAUUUGGAUCAAGCCGCACGGGUUCGAACCCUCACGCGUCACGCUUCGUUUCGCUGACCUCGCUGGACUUUGACGGCGGCGGCGCUCUGGUGUCCGCCUCUGUCCAGACCCUGCUGCCUGACUUCAGACCGGGACAGUCACCGUUGAGGGCGCUUCACACAUUGUUCCACGGCAGCGACGGCCGCCUCCGCCGCGAUCUGCUCCUCGACCAGGCGCCUGUGAACGCGCCUAACCCUUUCAUCAGUUGCAGCGACAAGGCCGAAGCGCCUGCAGAGUUCUCCGCGCUGAAGGAAGCGCUUCAAGCGCUUUCCGUCACCGAGCCUGAGCAGGCGGUUGUGUGGAAGAUACUGGCCGCAAUAUGCCACCUGGGUUGGUCAGGCGUUACCAAAGCGAACGCCGGCUCCAGCCUCAAAUACCAGUUCGGCAGCAGCGGCUGCGCCAGUCGAGCGGCGCGCCUCCUCGGCGUCGGCGUGGACGAGCUCUCGCGCGCUGUGUUCGCGCCGCCCGCGCCCGCCUCGCCGCAGACGAACGCCGCGCUCAGAACUCCUUCCCCUUCGGGCGAAAGAGAAGUGCCGGGGUCAGAAGCGCUGGACGCCUUCGUAACAGGCCUGUACAACGAGACCUUCAACAUUAUCGCAGCUCUAGUCAAUAGGAGCCUAUCGACUUCAGCAAGGACCUCCGCUUCCAUUCUCCUCUUGGAUACGCCCGGGGCUGACAACCCGAUGUGCGCUGGGCAGCAGAGCGGCGCUCCACUAUCCAAGCUUCUAUCUAACUACUUGCAGGAGCGCCUACAAGCCGUGUUCCACGAGGCUACUCUGGUGGCGCCAAGAGAGAGGUAUGCCCAGGAGGGAAUCACCUUGGAUGACGGCUCCGAAGAAGAUUGGGUCUGCGAGACAGUGAACCCUGGACCGAUGGUAGAGUUGCUGGACAAGUCGCCCCAGAACUCGAUCGUGCGCAGUUCCCAGGCCGACCUGCGCGAUUGCGACCGACGUGGAUUGCUCUGGCUUCUAGACGAGGAGUCGAUGUACCCCGGUUCCUCGGACGACUCGUUCCUGGAGCGGGCACUGACCCACUACGGGCCGCCUCAUCACACCCACUACCUGAUCAAGAAGGCGCCUCACGCGAGGCAAUUCGUUCUACAGCAUCUGCAGGGCACCAAUCCGGUGUUGUACGACGUAACUGGAUGGGUCAAAGCAAGCCGCGAGAAUCCUGUCACGAAGAAAGCGCAUACACUCUUACAGGAAAGCCAAAACGAGGACAUCGGCCGCCUGUCGUCAUGGUCGCGUGGCGCUUGCGGCGUCGGCGCGUGGUCGGCGGCGGUGGGCGACGCGUCCACGCUGCGUCGCGCCUCCUCCAUACGUCGCACUCUGACUUCGGGUACGGCGGGCAUGAAGCGUCGCUCCACCGCGCUGCAGGCGAAGUUCGUCGCCGACGGCGUGGUGGACACGCUGAGGCGUUGCGGCUCCGGGGGCGUGCACUUCGUGUGCUGCCUCCUCGCCGGCCAGCAAGCGGACGCCGCCGAUGACGUCAACGUGCCCCUGCUGCGCUCGCAGUUUCGAGGAUUCCAAUUACUCGAUGCGGCAAGAUUGUACAAGCAAGGGUUCCCCGAGCACAUGCCGCUGUCGGAGUUUGCAAGACGAUACCGACUGUUGGCAACCUCUGAGAGCGAGUCAACGGACAACUCGCAACAGACCGCCACGCUAUCCGAGCGCCAGAUAGUCGACGACAUGCUGCUUGCCCUGGACCUCGACGUAACCAGCUACCGGCUGGGGCUCACCCAGGUUAUUGUUAAUAAGGAAGACAAGUCAUGCAACAUU